ACACGACAGUAAGUGUUUCUCAGAAGAUAUUAUUUUUAAUUUUGUCAUAUUAAAUUAACUUUAUUAUUAUAAUACUGAUAUAAAUAAUGGAGGCUGUGAAUGUAUCUACACAGCAGUCUAGUUCUUAUCAAAAACAUAAAAAGUUUUUAUUACGUUCAUACGCAUCAAAAGAGGAGUUUGUAAGAGAAUAUAAAAAGCUGUACAAUGAAAAAGCAAAAACUGAAGAACUUUUUCUAAUGCUUUUCAUUGAACUUGAAAAAGCAAUAUCAGCAGGUGACAUUGAUAGUUUAAAAAAGUUAAACUAUUUAAUUGAUCAUAUAAGCGAGAUAGAAGAUCAAACAGCUUUACAAGAUUACUACAACAAUACUAACAAUCCUAUUAAAAACACUAACUUAGUUAUUUUAGCUUGUAAGAAAAAUAAGCAGGAGAUACUAAAAUAUCUACUUGAUAAUAAAAUUCUAACUAACUUAUGUAUAAAUAAUGAAGAAAGCGUUAUACUACCUGAUUAUAAAGACGAAGCAAGCCAUAAUGCAUUUUACUAUGCCAUACGUUCAGGUAACGUUGAGCUCCUUGAUACACUAAUUCACAAAUGGCCAGGUAAUUAUUUUACCUCUCAUUCCGAGGAGUUGGAUGAAAUUCUUUCAAGAGCUUAUGAAGAAUUAAAGCUAAAAAAUAUAGCAUUGUCUGACAAAAUAGAAGUUUUUGUUGAAAGUAAAUUAAUAAACCUCCGUUUCUUCUCUAACACUUCCAAACAGGGUAAAAGUUAUAGGGGUGAUCUUAAUAAUAUUAAAGAACGCAUUGAAUUAAUACUUCAGAACAUUAGCUUGUUAAAAACAGAGUAUAUAGAUGCAGAAAAAGUAGAUACAAAGUUUUUAUUCAUAGCAAAAUUUAUUGCACAAAAUAUUCAUAUACUGAAACAGCAAUUGAAAUCAACCUAUAAUAUAAUACCUUGGGAAGAAAUAGAGUUUUGUUUAAUCUGCUUUGUUUCUUCUUACAUUAAACAACAAGAAAUUAAUCUGUUUUAUUUUGCGAUAUUGGAUAAAAGGAAAAUACUAAACCAAUUAGAAAAUUUUGGAAAGAAACUUGAAGAAGUGAAGAAUAACAUAAACACAAUGGAUAUUAGUAAAUUUUCGGAUCUUCCAAAAUUAAAGCGGCAGAUAGUUGUUACAAGUAUUAUUAGCAAUUCUCCUGAAUUUGAAGAGUUGUAUACUGAUUACCAACAAAUUAGAGAUAUGUAUUCUUUAGACAAAAUGAAUGAUUAUGUACAGUUGGCAUUAGCAAUUGAUCCUACAGGAAGGGAAGGACAAUUAAUUAUUACAAGAGUCUUGCAAGUUAUUGGUGAAUAUUUCAAAAACACACUGGAAUCUCCUAAAUUAUCUGAUACUACGAGUGAAUUUUUUCUGCUGUCAUUACCAAAGUACACAAGAGAAGUCGUCAUAGACUUACGUAAUUCAUUUUCGCACGCUCAUUCACUCUCCAAGAGAACAGAGAUUGAGAAGAAUACAGAUGUUAAUUUUUUUAUUGGUAUUCAAAAUGAUAUCAGAAAAGUUGGUGAGGUGGUUACUAAUAUUUUUUACGGCAAUAAAAUUAAAAUGAUCAGAAUACUUUUGCAAAAACUUAUUGAUAGUCAAAAUGUAGAUGAGAUAAAAGGGAUUAUUGGAGAACUUAGCACUAUCAAGUUUGAUAAAAUGCUUCGAGAGAACUAUAAUAUAACGGAACUCGAGAAACUUCAGGAAUUGAUUAAAAAAUUAAGCGAUACUGUAAUAAAAUCCAAUUAUGAGAAACACCUGUUUGAUGAAAUUAAUAACAUAAUAGAUCUUAUAAACAGUGAAUCAACAAGAAAGAGAACUGAUUAUGUUACAGGAUUCUUAACUUUACAGAGUUUAAGUGUUACCUGUAGUGAUACUGAGAUUAAUCACAAUAUAGUUAGAGGAAUUAAAUUCUUUGCUAAUAAAAUACUACAGUAUAUUACUCCUCAAAUAAAAUCUCGCAGUCUUAAAGAAGUUGCAGAACUGGUUAUAAAAAUCGCUCAUAGUGUUAAAUCAAGAAUACAAGAUGAAAUGUACAUUUCAGAAAUAUACAGAAUAAUCUACAAAAUUGUUGGCAUCAUUGAAUUUGAAAUAAAUGAUAUCAAAUGGAUUGAGUCAUUAAGAGAAAAAUUACAUGUAAAAGGUACUUUCAUACCUAUGUAUAAACAAACACGGACGGACAAUAAAAUAUCAGAAAUACAGCAUAAUAAUCAGCUUGAACUGAAGUUAUCUGAAUUGAAAAACAUCAUAAAUACUAAUGCAUUGAAUGAUCAAUUAAUUGAUAAAUCCCUUUCCUAUAAACAGAAUGAAAAACUACAAGUAGUAAUAAAGAUGCUUGUGCUGGAUAUAAUGUCAAUUUUAGGCAGUUCAAAAAAUUACUUAGAAGAUGAUCUAUUUUUCUUAGAUUAUAAUACUCCACUAUUAACUGGAAAAUGUUUGCGUAACUACUUAGCACAUGACAAUGCUUUAGUUCACAUAUUAUUACUUGAUCCUUCUAUAUCAGUUAUUCUAAAUGCUAGAAAAUUAACUACAGAAAAUAUACUCAAGAAGAAGAAAAAAAUUGGUCAGUUGAUGAAAGAAGAUAUCUCCAAAUUAAAGGAUAAAUAUGGUCAUUGUCUAGCUAUAGUUACUAAUCAGAAACGGAUGUUUGUUGCAUUAGAAGAAGGAAAUCUGGAAAACUUAAAGGAUUGUAUCAGAAAAGGAGCCGACAUUCAUGCUAGAGACAAUAAUAUGUGGACCACAAUACAUUUUGCUGCCAAAGGACCCAGUCUUGAAGUUGUAAAGUUUAUUCUUAAUCAGAAUGUAAGUCUUAAUGUGAAGAAUAUUAAUGGUCAAAGCCCACUGCACAUUGCAGCUUUAUAUGGAAGGGCAAAUAUUGUAAAAUUUUUUGUAGAGAAAACAGAGUUAUGUAUCGAUGAUCGCGAUAAUAAUGAAAAAACUCCACUGCAUAUAGCAGCUGAAAAUGGUAACAAAAAUACUGUUGAAAUUCUACUAAUGAAUGGUGCUAAUAUUAACACUCAAGAUAUAAUUAGCUAUCCACCUUUACUUUCUGCAGUACGGAAUAAUCAUAUUGAUGUUGUUAAACUUCUUCUGAAAAAGGAAGUAGAUGUUGAUUUUACAGAGGCUAUGGGUGGUUUUUCUCCGCUUCAUGUAGCUGCAGAGUUUGGCCACCAAGAGAUAGUUGAUUUUUUACUUAAAAAAGGGACAAAUGUUAAUGCAAGAAACGAUAGAGGAGGAAUUCCAUUACAUACGGCAGCUCUAAAUGGUCAUUUGGAGGUGGUAAAUACUCUGAUUUUAAACGGUGCUGAUGUUAAUGCUAGAGUUCUAGAUGGUUGUACACCAUUACAUUAUGCAAUAGAGAAUGGUCACGUGGAGAUAGCUAACAUUUUAUUAAAUCAUGGAGCAAAUGCAAAUGUUUCUGAUAAAACUUAUAACAAUACACCUUUGCACUAUGCAGCAAUGGAUGGACACGAGAGAAUUGUUGAGGCUCUACUAGAAAAUAAUGCUAAUACUAACAUUACCACUGUUGAAGGUUUUACUCCACUGCAUCUUGCAGUGCAAAAUGGUCAUUUAGAAAUAGUUACUACUCUUCUCAAACACAGUACCAAUAUUAAUGUUACUGCUAAACGUAAAGAGACGCUAUUGCACUAUGCAGCAGAAAAGGGUUAUAGAGAAAUUGCUGAACUCUUGAUAAAAAACGGAGCAGAAGUUAAUACAAUACUUGAUACUGGUCUCACUCCAUUACAUUUAGCUGCUUUGAGAGGCCACAAAGAUGUUAUAGACCUUCUAAUAGAAAAUAAAGCUAAAGUUAACAUUCAAAAUAUUAAUGGUUGCACACCAUUACACGCAGCCAUUGAAAACGGUAACAAAGAUAUUUGUGAUCUUUUGAUAAAAAAUAAAGCUAAAGUAAAUGCAAAAAACAAUUGCGGUGUUACGCCAUUGCAUACAGCUGCCGCUAAAGGUGACAAAAAUAUUAUUGAUCUUUUAAUAAAAAAUAAAGCUGAAGUCAAUGCUAAAGGUGAUGAUGGUACUACGCCAUUGAAUGUAGCUGCUAUGUAUGGGCAUGAAGAUAAUGUUAUUCUUCUAAUAAAAAAUGGAGCUAUAGUUAAUAAUAAAGGUAUCCUUGGUUUUACACCAUUACAUUCAGCUAUUAUGGGAGAAAACAAACACGUUGUUAAUCUUCUAAUAGAAAAUAAUGCUGAAAUUAACGCUAUGGGUGCUGGAGAUAAUACUCCAUUACAUGUAGCUGUAGAAAUACAAAAUAAAGAACUCGUUGAGAUUUUGAUAAGGAAUGGGGCCAACGUUAAUGCCAAAAAUGGAAAUAAUAUGACACCAUUGUGUUGUGCAAUUAAACAGAAUUCCAAAGACAUCGUUAAAGUUCUGAUCGUAAAUGGAGCUGAUGUUAAUAUAAACGAGGGUGAACCCUUAUCGUUGGCAGUUUUUGCUGGUUAUAAAGAUAUUACAACAGUUUUAUUGCAAAACAAUGCUCGUAUUGACAUAAAAUUUUCACAAUCUAUGUCAGCGUUACAUGUAGCUGCCAAAAGAGGUCACACAGAAAUAGCGAAUACCUUAAUCGCAAAUGGAGCCGAUGUUAAUGUUACUGCUGACACGAGCCAUACACCAUUGCAUUUGGCUGCAGAUGGGUGUCAUAAGGAAAUGGUUGAGCUUUUAUUAUCAAAAGGAGCUAAUGUUAAUGCUCAAUCUAUGGAUGGUACACCAUUACAUCUAGCAGUGACCAAAGAUGAAAAUGUGGAUGUUGUUAGAGUACUAUUAAAGAAUGGAGCAGAUGUCAGUAUUAGAGAUCCAAAAAAUAGAAGGGCUUUAGAGCAAGCAGUUGCAUAUAAACAGUUAGAAUGCGUAAAAGCAUUACUAUUGCACAACAAGAAAAUAAAUGUAAAUGCUAAAUGUAAUGAUGACUGGACAAUAUUACAUAUUGCUGCACAGGCAGGUAAUUUAGAAAUGGUAAAAUACCUAAUAAAUGAAGGGUGUGAUGUUAAUGCUAGGAACGCUGCUGGUUCAAAACCCAUACACAUUGCGGCCAGAGAAGGUUUUAAAGAUAUCGUUAAAUUUUUCCUUAGUAAAAACUGUAGUAUGGAUGAUCUUGGUGCAGCCAAUCAAACAUUAUUACAUUAUGCUGCGAUGAAGGGUCAGGUGGAAUCUGUAAAGCACUUGAUAGCAGAAGGUGCUGAUAUUAACGUUCAAGAUCGUACUGGAUUAAGUCCUCUGCAUAUUGCUGCUAACAAUGGUUAUGAAAAAGUUGUUGAAAUUUUAUUAGAGAAUGGCGCAGUUUAUAAUACUGUUGAUAAAUUUUCCAGAACACCAAGAGAAAUGACUAAUAGCCAAAAAGUCAUUGUUCAAUUAUCAUCAACUGAGAAAUUAUUCGAGGCUGUAAAACGUAAUAACUCAUCAGAAGUUGAGAAGUGCAUCAAAAUGGGAGCGUUUGUUAAUGCCAAACAUGUUGGAGCAAAAGGCUAUCAGGGAACACCAUUACAUUUUGCCGCAUGGAAAGGAUAUGACGAAAUAAUAAAUAUUCUGUUGAAAAAUAAAGCUAAUCCUAAUGCAACUGGCAACAAGGCGUUUACUCCCCUGCACUAUGCUGCAAAGUUUUCUCAUUCAAAAAUUGUCAUGAUUUUGCUGUCUAAUGGUGCGAUAUAUAAUGCUAUUUCAGACGAUGAAAAAACACCAUUCCAUUUUGCUGCAGAUAAAAAUAUAAAUGAUUUACUGAAAUUAGUGGGUGAAUCAUUUAGAAAUGUUAGAAAUGGUAACUCCAAAGUUAUUUACGAGCUUAAUAAGAUAAAGAAUAUUGAUAAAAUAAAAGCAAUAAUGAGUGCUCGUGAUCGGGAAAAGCAAAGUCUAAUAGUUGCUGCAAUGCACAGUAAUUUUCCAAAAAUCGAACAAUUGAAACUAAUAGGUCAAGGCGACAUAUCCACUCAGAUUGUUGCAGCUUCACUGUUCUCAAACCAGGAAAAUUACAACAAGGCCCUCAUGUUCUUCACAAGUGCGUUAGAAAGAAGAACGGAAAUACUAGGACCAUAUAAUCCUGCCACUUUAGAGAUUCAGACAAACAUAGCCAAAGUACUGUAUAAACAAGGAGCUUUGCAAGUAGCUGUCGAGUUGCUGGACGAGAUUUAUCAGAAACAGAAAGAAGCAUUAGGAUUAUACCACAAGGAUACUUUAAAUACAAGAAGCACAUAUGCGUUAAUACUUCACAGACAAGGGAAAGAUGAUGAAGCUUUAGUUAUUUAUCAAGAAAUAUAUAAAAAACAGAAGGAAUUAUUAGGACCAAGACACCAAGAUACUUUGAACACUCAGUUUCACAUGGCGUUGGUGUUAGACAAACAAGAAAAAUACGAAGAAGCAUUAGAGAUGAACAAGGAUGUUUUCCAAAAGAGGAAAGAGAUAUUUGGUGCAAAUCACCACGCUACUAUUUGUGCCCAAAAUAAUAUAGCAAUGGUGUUAGGUAACCAAGACAAAUGCGAGGAAGCCUUAAAAAUGUACGAAAUAGUAUUAGAGAAGAAGAGAACUGUUUUGGGUAUCCAUCACUCCGAUACCCUGAGAACAUUAUUUAAUAUGGCUGGGUUACUUUUGAAGCAGAAAAAAUAUGACGAAUCAUUGAAGGCUCAUCAAGAACUUCUCGAUAUUCAGAAAACCAUUUUCGGUGAAAGUCAUCCAGAUACCUUGAACACUCAAUACAAUCUAGCAAAUACGUAUUUUGGUCAGGGUAAAUUUAUUAGCGCACUUAAAAUUUACAGCGAAUGCUUAGAGAAAAGAAGCGCUGUUUUUGGACCAACUGAUCCCACUGUUUCGAUUAUUAAACUAAAAAUAGAGGUAAUUAACCAUAGAUUUAAGAUGGAAGGUAGCGGAGCAGCGGAGAUGAUCGGGUAUUUGCAAAGAGAAAUCAACAUUGCUGCCAGUAAAGGCGAUGUACAGACUAUUCGGAAUCUGUUAAGAAAUGGAGUCGAUGUCAACGAUAAAGACGUUGAUGGAAGAACCCCAUUACAUUAUGCGGUUGGUAAUGGAUACGCUGAUGUCGUGAAAAUCUUAUUAGAAAACGGGGCCGAUGUUACUCAAGUUACUAACAAAGGUAACACACCGUUACACACAGCUACCUCAAAAAGUUACAAGGAGAUGGUCGAACUUUUGUUAAAGCAUGUAAGUCGUGAUAAAUUGAAUGGCUUUAUAAAUGCUAAAACAACAACAAGCGGCACUGCCUCGCUUCACAUUGCUGCUAAGAAUGGUUCACUAGAUAUUGUCAAAUCUCUACUUACAUAUGGAGCAAGUUAUAACAUUAAAAACAAGGAAGGUAAAGCACCGAUUGACGUUUCCAACAACCAAGAUAUUAAUAGCCUGUUCAGACUGAUUGAAAAAUUAUUUAAAGACACUAAGAAUGGUAAUGUUAAGGUUAUUGAGAAUAUACAAGCCUUGAAACCCGAUGAAUUUUUAGCUGUAACAAAUGCUCGUAACAAUCUUGGAUCCACACUGUUGCAAGUUGCAAUAUUUAAUAAGAGGGAGUAUAUUUCUUCUAAAUUAUUAAAAUUAAUGGGAAUAAUGGAGGCUGCGAAUGUAUCUAAACAGCAGUCUAAUUCUUGUCAAGAACAUAAAAAGUUUUUAUUACGUUCAUUCGCAUCAAAAGAGGAGUUUGUAAGAGAAUAUAAAAAGCUAUACAAUGAAAAAGCAAAAACUGAAGAACUUUUUCUAAAGCUUUUCAUUGAACUUGAAAAAGCAAUAUCGGCAGGUGACAUUGAUAGUUUAAAAAAGUUAAACCAUUUCAUUGAUUAUAUAAGGAAGAUAGAAGAUCAAACAGCUUUACAAGAUUACUACAAUAAUACUAAUAAUCCUAUUAAAAACACUAACUUAGUUAUUUUAGCUUGUAAGAAAAAUAAGCAGGAGAUACUAAAAUAUCUAUUUGAUAAUAAAAUUCUAACUAACUUAUCUAUAAAUAAUGAAGAAAGCGUUAUACUACCUGAUUAUGAAGACGAAGCAAACCAUAAUGCAUUUUACUAUGCCAUACGUUCAGGUAACGUCGAGCUCCUUGAUACACUAAUUCACAAAUGGCCAGGUAAUUAUUUUACCUCUCAUUUGGAGGAAUUGGAUGAAAUUCUAUCAAGAGCUUAUGAAGAAUUAAAGCUAAAAAAUAUACCAUUGUUGGACAAAAUAGAAGUUUUUGUUGAAAGUAAAUUAAUAAACCUCCGUUUCUUCUCUAACACUUCCAAACAGGGUAAAAGUUAUAGGGGUGAUCUUAAUAAUAUUAAAGAACGCAUUGAAUUAAUACUUCAGAACAUUAGCUUGUUAAAAACAGAGUAUAUAGAUGCAGAAAAAGUAGAUACAAAGUUUUUAUUCAUAGCAAAAUUUAUUGCACAAAAUAUUCAUAUACUGAAACAGCAGUUGAAAUCAACCUAUAAUAUAAUACCUUGGGAGGAAAUAGAAUUCUGUUUAGUCUGCUUUGUUUCUUCUUACAUUAAGCAACAAGAAAUUAAUCUGUUUUAUUUUGCUAUAUUGAAUAAAAGAAAAAUACUAAACCAAUUACAAAAUUUUGGAAAGAAACUUGAGGAAGUGAAGAAUAACAUAAACACAAUGGAUAUUAGUAAAAUUUCAGAACUUCCAAAAUUAAAGCGGGAAAUAGUUGUUGCAAGUAUUAUUAACAAUUCUCCUGAAUUUGAAGAGUUGUAUACUGAUUACCAGCAAAUUAGGGAUAUGUAUUCUUUAGAUAAAAUAAAUAAUUAUGUACAGUUGGCAUUAUCAAUUGAUCCUGCAACAAGGGAAGGACAAAUAAUUAUCACAAGAGUCUUGCAAGUUAUCGGUGAAUAUUUACAAAACACUCUGGAAUCGCCUAAAUUAUCCAAUACUAUGAGUGCACUGUUUCUACUGUCAUUACCAAAGUAUACAAGAGAAGUCGUUAUAGACUUACAUAAUUCAUUUGCGCACGCUUAUUCACUCUCUAAGAGAACAGAGAUUGAGAAGAAUACAGAUGUUAAUUUUUGUAUUGAUAUUCAAAUUGAUAUCAGAGAAAUCGGUGAGGUGGUUACUAAUAUUUUUUUCGGCAAUAAAGUUAAAGUGAUCAGAAUACUAUUGCAAAACAUUAUUGAUAGUGAAAAUGUAGAUGAGAUAAAAGAAAUUAUUGGAGAACUUAGUAAUAUCGAGUUUGAUACAAUGAUUCGAGAGAACUAUAAUAUAAUGGAACUCGAGGAACUUGAGGAAUUAAUUGAAGAAUUAAGCGAUACUGUAAUGCAAACAAAUUAUGAAGAAGAACUAUUUGAUGAAAUUAAUAACAUACUACAUCUUACAAACACUGAAUCAACAAGCAAGAAGACUGAUUAUGUUGUAGGAUUCGCAACUUUACGGAGUUUUGCUUUUAUCUAUAAUAAUACUGAGAUUAAUCACAAUUUUGUUAGAGUAUAUAAAUUGUUUGCUAAUAAAAUACUACAGAGUAUUACUUCUAAAAUAAAUUCGCGUAGUCUUAAAGAAAUUGCUGAACUGGUUAUAAAAAUCGCUCAUUGUGUUAAGUUAAGAAUGCAAGAUGAAAUGUACAUUACAGAAAUAUACGGAAUAAUUUUCAAAAUUGUUGGUAUCAUUGAAUUUGAAAUAAAUGAUAUCAAAUGGAUUGAGUCAUUAAGAGAAAAAUUACAUGUAAAAGGUUCUUUCAUACCUAUGUAUAAACAAAACCGAACGGACAAUAAAAUAUCAGAAAUAGAGCAUAAUAAUCAGCUUGAACUGAAGUUAUCUGAAUUGCAAAACAUCUUAAACACUAAUGCAUUGAAUGAUCAAUUAAAUGAUAAACUUUCUUUCUAUAAACAGAAUAAAAAACUACAAGAAGUAGUAAAGAUGCUUGUGCUGGAUAUAAUGUCAAUUUUAGGCAGUUCAAAAAAUUACUUAGAGGAUGAUCUAUUUUUCUUAGAUUAUAAUACUCCUCUAUUAACUGGAAAAUGUUUGCGUAACUACUUGGCACAUGACGAUGCUUUAGUUCACAUAUUAUCAAUUGAUCCUUCUAUAUCAGUUAUUUUAAAUGCUAGAAAAUUAACUACAGAAAAUAUACUCAAGAAGAAGAAAAAAAUUGGCAAGCUGAUGAAAGAAGAUAUCACUAAAUUAAAGGAUAAAUAUAGUCACUGUCUAUCUAUAGUUACUAAUCAGAAACGGAUGUUUGUUGCAUUAGAAGAAGGAAAUCUGGAAAACUUAAAGGAUUGUAUCAAAAAAGGAGCGGACAUUCAUGCUAGAGAUAAUAAUAUGUGGACCACAAUACAUUUUGCUGCCAAAGGACCCAGUCUUGAAGUUGUAAAGUUUAUUCUUAAUCAGAAUCUAAGUCUUAAAGUGAAGAAUAUUAAUGGUCAAAGCCCACUGCACAUUGCUGCUUUAUAUGGUAGGGCAAAUAUUGUAAAAUUUUUUGUAGAGAAAACAGAGUUAUGUAUCGAUGAUCGCGAUAAUAAUGAAAAAACUCCACUGCAUAUUGCAGCUGAAAAUGGUAACAAGAAUAUUGUUGAAAUUCUACUAAUGAAUGGUGCUAAUAUUAUCACUCAAGAUCGAAUUAGUUUCCCACCUUUACUCUCUGCAGUAACGAAUAAUCAUAUUGAUGUUGUUAAAGUUCUUCUGAAAGAGGAAGUAGAUGUUGAUUUUACAAAGGCUAUGGUUAGUUGUACUUUACUACAUAUAGCUGCAGAGUGUGGCCACCUAGAGAUAGUUGAGUUCUUACUUAAAAAGGGGGCAAAUGUUAAUGCAAAAAGCGAUAAAAGAGGAACCCCAUUACAUACGGCAGCACUACAUGGUCAUUUGGAGGUGGUAAAUACUCUGAUUUUAAAUGGGGCUGAUGUUAAUGUUAGAGUUCUAGAUGGUUCUACACCAUUACAUUAUGCAAUAGAGAAUGAUUACGAGAAAAUAGCUAAUAUUUUAUUAAAACAUGGAGCUAAUGCUAAUGUUUCUGAUAAAACUUACAACAAUACACCUUUGCACUAUGCAGCAAAACAUGGAAAUGAGAGAAUUGUUAAAGCUCUACUAGAUAAUAAUGCCAAUCCUAACGUUGCCACUGUUGAAGGUUUCACUCCACUACAUCUUGCAGUACAAAAUGGUCAUUUAGAAAUAGUUAUCACUCUUCUCAAAUACAGUAUCAAUAUUAAUGUUACAGUUGAACAUAAAGAGACGCUAUUGCAUUAUGCAGCAGAAAAGGGUUAUAAGGAAAUUGCUGAACUCUUAAUAAAAAACGGAGCAGAAGUUAAUGCACAAGAUAAUAGUGGUAUCACUCCAUUACAUUUAGCUGCUUUGAGAGGCCACAAAGAUGUUAUAGACCUUCUAAUAAAAAAUAAAGCUAAAGUUAAUAUUAAAGAUAUUACGAAUUGCACGCCAUUAUACGUAGCCGCUAAAAACGGUAACAAAGAUAUUUGUGAUCUUUUGAUAAAAAAUAAAUCUGAAGUAAAUGCUAAAAACUAUUGCGGUAUUACACCAUUACAUGCAGCUGCUACUAAAGGUGACAAAAAUAUUAUUGAUCUUUUAAUAAAAAAUAAAGCUAAAGUCAAUGUUAAAUGUGAUGAUGGUACUACGCCAUUGAAUAUAGCUGCUAUGCAUGGGCAUGCAGAUAAUGUUAUUCUUCUAAUAAAAAGUGGAGCUAAAGUUAAUAAUAGAGGUAUCCUAGGUUUUACACCAUUACAAUCAGCUGUUGUGGGAGGCUACAAAGAUGUUGUUAAUCUUCUAAUAAAAUCUUAUGCUAAAGUUAAUGCUACAUGUAUUGCCGGCAAUACUCCAUUACAUUUAGCUGUAGAAAUAGAAAAUAAAGAACUCGUUGAAAUCUUGAUAAGGAAUGGGGCCAAUGUUAAUGCCAAAAAUGGAGAUAAUAUGACACCAUUGUGUUGUGCUAUUAAAGAAAAUUGCAAAGAAAUCGUUGAAGUUCUGAUCGCAAAUGGAGCUGAUGUUAAUGUAAACGAGGGUCAACCUUUAUCGUUGGCAGUUUCUGUUGGCGAUGAAGAUGUUAUAAAUGUUUUGUUGCAAAACAACGCUCAUAUUGACAUAAAAUUUCGUCAAACUAUGUCAGCGUUACACAGGGCUGCUGAAAGUGGUCACACAGAAAUAGCGAAUGCCUUAAUCGAACAAGGAGCUGAUGUUAAUGUUACUACUGCAAAAAGCAUUACACCAUUGCAUUUGGCUGCAACUGGGUGUCAUAAGGAAAUGGUUGAGCUUUUAUUAUCAAAGGGGGCUAAUGUUAAUGCUAAAUCUGUGGAUGGUACACCAUUACAUUUAGCAGUGACCAAAGAUGAAAAUGUAGAUGUUGUUAGAGAACUAUUAAAGAAUGGAGCAGAUGUCAGUAUUAAAGACUCCAAAAAUAGAACGGCUUUAGAGCAAGCAGUUGCACAUCAACAGUUAGAAUGUGUAAAAGCGUUACUGUUGCACAAGAAAAUAAAUAUUAAUGCUAAAUGUAUUGAUGAUUGGACAGUAUUACAUAUUGCUGCACAGGCAGGUAAUUUAGAAAUGAUAAAAUACCUAAUAAAUGAAGGGUGUGAUAUUAAUGCUAGGAACACUGUUGGUUCGAAACCCAUACACAUUGCGGCCAGAGAAGGUUUUGAAGAUAUCGUUAAAUUUUUCCUUAGUAAUGGCUGUAGUAUCCAUGAUCUUGGUAUAGACAAUCAAACAUUAUUACAUUAUGCUGCGGGGAAGGGUCGAAUAGAAGUUGUAAAGUACUUGAUAGCAGAAGGUGCUGAUAUAAACGUUCAAGAUCGUAAUGGACUGAGUCCUCUGCAUCUUGCUGCUUACUAUGAUCAAGAAGAAGUUGUUGAAAUUUUAUUAAAGAAUGGCGCAGUUCAUAAUACUCCUGAUAAAUUACACAAAACACCAAUAGACGUGACUAAUAGCGAUAUUGUCAUUUUCCAAUUAUUAUCAACUGCGAAAUUAUUCGAGGCUGUAAAACGUAAUAACUCAUCAGAAGUUGAGAAGUGCAUCAGAAUGGGAGCGUUUGUUAAUGCCAAACAUGCUGGAGCAAAAGGCUAUCAGGGAACACCAUUACAUUAUGCCGCAUGGAAAGGAUAUGACAAAAUAAUAAAUAUUCUGUUGGAAAAUAAAGCUAAUCCUAAUGUAACUGGUAACAAGGCGUUUACUCCCCUGCACUAUGCUGCAAAGUUUUCUCAUUCAAAAAUUGUCAUGAUAUUGUUGUCUAAUGGUGCGAUAUAUAAUGCUAUUUCUGACGAUGAAAAAACACCAUUCCAUUUUGCUGCAGAUAAAAACAUAAAUGAUCUACUUAAAUUAGUGGAUGAAUCAUUUAAAAAUGUUAGAAAUGGCAACUCCAAAGUUAUUUACGAGCUUAAUAAGAUAAAGAAUAUUGAUAAAAUAAAAGCAAUAAUGAAUGCUCGUGAUCGGGAAAAGCAAAGUCUAAUAGUUGCUGCAAUGCACAGUAAUUUUCCAAAAAUCGAACAAUUGAAACUAAUAGGUCAAGGCGACAUAUCCAUUCAGAUUGAUACAGCUUUACUGUUCUUAAACCAGGAAAAUUACGACAUGGCAUUAAGGUUGUUCACAAACGCGAUAGAAACAAGAAAAGAAAUACUAGGAGCAUAUAAUCCUGCCACUUUAGAGAUUCUGACAUAUAUAGCCAAAAUACUGUAUAAACAAGGAGCUUUUGAAGUAGCUGUCGAGUUGCUGGACGAGAUUUAUCAGAAACAGAAAGAAACAUUAGGAUCAUACCACAAGGAUACUUUAAAUACAAGAAGCUCAUGUGCGUUAAUAAUUCACAGACAAGGGAAAGAUGAUGAAGCUUUAGAUAUUUAUCAAGAAGUAUAUGAAAAACAGAAGGAAUUAUUAGGACCAAGACACGAAGAUACUUUGACCACUCAGUUUCACAUGGCGAUGGUGUUGGACAAACAAGAAAAAUACGAAGAAGCAUUAGAGAUGAAUAAGGAUGUUUUUCAAAAGAGGAAAGAGAUAUUUGGUGCAAAUCACCACGCUACUAUUUGUGCCCAAAAUAAUAUAGCAAUGGUGUUAGGUAACCAAGGCAAAUACGAUGAAGCCUUAAAGAUGUACGAAAUAGUGCUUGAGAAGAAGAGAACUGUUUUAGGUAUCCAUCACUCCGAUACCCUGAGAACAUUAUUUAAUAUGGCUGGGUUACUUUUGAAGCAGAAAAAAUAUGACGAAUCAUUGAAGGCUCAUCAAGAACUUCUCGAUAUCCAGAAACCCAUUUUCGGUGAAAAUCAUCCAGAUACCUUGAACACUCAAUACAAUCUAGCAAAUACAUAUUUUUGUCUGGGUAAAUAUAUUAGCGCACAUAAAAUUUACAGCGAAUGUUUGUGGAAAAGAAGCGCUGUUUUUGGACCAACUCAUCCCACUGUUUUGAAUAUUAUCCAACAAAUAAGGAUGAUUAACCUUAGAUUUCAAAUUGGAGGUAGCGGAGCAGCGGAAAUCACCGAGUAUUUGCAAAAAGAAAUCAACAUUGCUGCCAGUAAAGGCGAUGUACAGACUAUUCGGAAUAUGUUAAGAAAUGGAGCCGAUGUCAACGAUAAAGACGUUGAUGGAAGAACCCCAUUGCAUUAUGCUGUUAGUAAUGGAUACGCUGAUGUCGUGAAAUUCUUAUUAGAAAACGGAGCCGAUGUUACUCAAGUUACUAACAAAGGUAACACACCGUUACACACAGCUACUUCGAAAAAUUACAAGGAGAUGGUCGAACUUUUGUUAGAGCAUGUAACUCCUGAUAAAUUGAAUGACUUUAUAAAUGCUAAAACAACAGCAAGCGGCACUGCGUCGCUUCACAUUGCUGCUAAGAAUGGUUCACUAGAUAUUGUCAAAUCUCUACUUGCACAUGGUGCAAGUUAUAACAUUAAAAACAAGGAAGGUAAAGCACCGAUUGACGUUUCCAACAACGAGGAUAUUAAUAGCCUGAUCAGACUGAUUGAAAAAUUAUUUAAAGACACCAAGAAUGGUAAUAUUAAAGUUAUUGAGACUAUAGAAGCCUUGCAACCUGAUGAUUUUUUAGCUGCAACAAAUGCUCGUAACCAUCUUGGAUCUACACUGUUGCAAGUUGCAAUAUUUAAGAAAAGGAAGUAUAUUACUUCUAAAUUAUUAAAACUUAUGGAAAACUAAGAUGCAGAAACGACAACAUUAAAGAAAGAAAAAGUAUUACUCUACUACUUGUUAUAUAUUUAAAAAAAAAGUAUUACUCUAUUACGUAUUAUAUUCUGUUACUCUAUUACUCUAUAUUAUAUACUCUAUUAUGUAAGAUAAAUGAUUAAUAUAUUUUUUUAAAAAGACUAUUUUUAUUUUUGUACGCAAGUAAUUUUCUAUUUUUGUAUUUAAAAUAAAGGCUACAUUUUAAUUUUCUGCGGUUUGUCAGUUUAUUAUAUCCAUUCGAUUACUCUUUAUUGUUUUUCUCUAAUCAUAAAACAAUCUUUGACAACAACGACAGGAGUAUCUAGAUGCAAAUGUCGAGUUCGGGAUUAAGAACUUUACUACUGUGGUAAUCCGAACGUCACUCGAGUAAUAAGAUUUAUGUUUUACGUAAUAGGAUUUAAAUCCUUGCUGACAAGAUGAAUGAUGGCAUAACUUGAAAGGAAAAUUGUGUAAUUUGAAUGUAGUUACUAAUGGAAUUGCACGCUGUUUUUAUUAUUUCUUUUCAUAUAAUCCGUGUAUUGAAGUUUCCAAGUGAUUUAAAGUGUAAGCGAAGACAAUUCCUAACUACUGUAAAGGGAAAUAAUUAAUAAAUAUCUAACUGAUCUAAUCUUUCAAUAAAAAAUCCUCAUUCUUUUGGAUAAAAUGUUAAAGAAAAUUUCCUCUCCAAUAAUUUUUUAUAUCUAGCAAGCCAGGUUGCUUUACUCGAGUAAAUAUAUUUAUUCAGU